AUGUCUGCGCCCAGCGUUGCUAGCGUGAAAGAAUUGAUAGCUCAAAAGGAUGCGUUAGAAGCAGAAAUGAAGGAACUUAUGGAUGUUCUGGAGUCACAAGGCGGAGUGGGAAUGGAUGGUCCAAUUUUAGAUGAAGAACAGUAUCCAAGAUCUGAUAUAGAUGUAUACACUGUACGCCAUGCAAGGCACAGGAUAGCAUGCCUCCAGAAUGACCACAAGGCCAAGAUGAAGGAAAUAGAGGAAAAUCUCUAUCAACUCCACGAGGAGGCAAGGAAACAGAAAGAACAGGCAAUGGAGGUAGACAGUUCUGCCCAAGAAGCAAAGAUGGAUACUGCGAUAGCUGAGAAACCUUUUGCCAAAAUUGACCGGGUGGACUCUGGCUCUCCAGCCUCUCAGGCAGGUCUUACAUUAGGAGAUGAGAUUGUAGAGUUUGGAUCAGUCAAUGCCAAAAAUUUCACAACACUUCAGAAUAUUGCGACAGUUGUCCAACACAGUCAAGGGAGUCCACUCCAUGUCAGUGUAAUAAGGCAGGGGGAGAGGACACACUUGUCUCUGACACCACAAACAUGGAGUGGAAAAGGACUGUUGGGGUGUAACAUUGUACCACUGAAGAGGUGACAGAGAUGCCAGGGAAAAAUCAGUUUCAUAUGAGAAGAAAAACUAUAUUGAAGCAGUGCAAGUCUAACUGAGUGAAAAUCUGGGGAGCUAUCAAGUGUAUCCCCUACAGAGCCGAUAAUUAAUUACCCCCUAGCAGCUUCAGUAGGCCUGACAGACAUCUAAGCCGCUCAAGUUAAUAGCAAUUUAGAUCGAUCCACAGUUAGCAAGAUGGGGUCUGGGAUUGGUCCCUUAUUGUUAUGCAAUUUUCAUCAUGGGCGCACCAGUACAGAGGACUGUCUUUAUCUUCUGACAGAACUUGGCAUCAGUUAACAAACAAUAUUGAAAUUGCUGAAUCCGGAGCUUUAGUGUUCAUUCACUUUUUAAAAAUCCCACUUUUCACUCUAAAUCCAAAUUUUCUUUUUGUAAAUUUUAUGCAUAAUUACAUAAAAAAGUAAUGACUCAAAGAUGAAAGUGGUCUGUUGCUAAGUUUACUCUAUAUAGAUCUUAAAAACAAUGAUGAUCAUUUGAUAAAAUGUUCAUGGAUCAUUCAUGCUUUCAAAAUUAAGCAAUGUUGUGUAUAAAAUAUGCGCAUUUAAAAAAGAUCUGAACACAUUUUUAAAAGAAGAAUUUUUGAAAUAUUUUUAUUAUUUCUGAAUUCUGGGAUGCGCUUGCAUUGUCAAUAAACAAAGUAUGCAGAUACUGAGUAUUUUAUGUGUAAAGUGCACUUUCAUCCACCUUGAUAUUACAAAAAAAGGUAAAGAAAAUAUAAAUUACGCUGCUUUCAAAUUAUAAAAAGUAAAAAUUACAUUUUUCAUGUGUGUAUAAUACAGUAUUGGGUAAUUACACUUUUUCAUCAAUAUAAGCUCAAACUGUUUUAUAUCUGAAAUGUAUACUUAUGGUUAGCUGGAAAACACAUCGUAAAAUGUUUAAAAUAAAAAAAAGUUGCUUUUAA